CCAUCCCUACCUUUAACCAACAUCGUUUCCGUAGUAAUGCAUAGCAGAGUUCAUUGAAUUCAAAUUUGCAUGUAAUAUAUUGUUUUUUUUUUAUGUAAAUUUUGUUUAAAUUAUUAUCAAUACCUAUCCUUUUUCUUAUUUGGGCGAACUCUUAUGAAUCCAUAUUAAUUCCUUAGCAGGCAAAAUCCAUUGAAGGUGAAAAAAAUGAGUACUUUGAAUCCCAACUCUUCGUUUUUGUCACGCUCUUCUUCCUCAGAAAUUGUUAGAUCGACCAACCUGUUGGCUAAAACAACGUCGAUUCGAACACUAGACAACUGGGAAUUUCAAACGAUGCAUGCAUUACAAGACAACACGACUCCUUCCGCUGUCCGAAGAAACAUGAGAAAGCUCUUGGUCGAAUCCAUAUAGUUCGUUUUCAUUGCUACGACAACAAUUUUAUGUCCUGUAUUCGAGAAACUACUCAAAGUGGCUAUUCUAUACUAGCCGUCAAGUAGUCAGGGCGAUGGUUUUACAGUGUACGACUCCAUUCUCAAAAGAUAUUUUCUGGAACAUUUCCCUCCUAAUACGUCGAACGCUCAAAGUUUGCUCGUGAACCAAAAACAAUGACAUCUGGAUUCAUAAAUCUUUUUCAGCAGCUUAUGGAAAGAAUUCUCCAGUAACAAGAGAUGCGUGGAUUAGCACGGUUAUGAUUCUGACGUGUGGUUUUAUGUCAGCUUCUUUCACCGAGUUCGACUAUAAUUUGAAAUCUGUGUCUGGGGAACUUGAGUUAUAAGAAUUUUCAGGAACUUUCCCUUAAUGAGAACAGGAUUCGAUUACCGCUUGUUUUGUUUUUCCUGUUAUUUCGAUAUUGCCUUGGGCUUGGUUUUCUGAGACCAUGGCAAAAGUGAUGGCAGUCUUCCAUCAGCAAGAAUUGAUACUUCAAAGCAUUGUAUAUUCAAAAAAAAAUUUUAUUUUAAUGGUUUGUAUCAUGCUAACUUGUUUCUAUAACCUGAAUGAAAAACUCGUUUUGUCACAUAA